AUGCCUUCGAUGCUUCACGCUACCUUUAAGCCUACACCUCCACCAAACAUCAGUCGACUACCUAGUAGAAGGGAAAUGAAUAAUACAGAACAAAUCGCUCGACAGAUAUGCAAGUCUACUGUGCUUGAUCCAAAGAACGCACUAUUACUGAUGGCCAUUCCAGAUUAUGAGGAAUAUAAACUUAUUCAGCCUUAUAGUUGCAGGUCGCUCACUGACAGAAGCAAGUUUGUUGGUGAUCACGAUUUUAUUACACACCACGCGCCUCAAGAAGUAAAUGACUUUAAGAUGAUGGCGUCGCGGGAUAUGGGCAAUUUAAAUCGUCAACGAUCCAUCUUGGCACCCCCUUCAUCGAAAGGAUUAGCAAACACUUUGUCACCGAGAUUAAAUUUCCAGUCUGCUUCAACUGUUAUAAAUGACAGCAAGAAUCCUAUCUGGCGAAAACGUGUGACGCCCACGCAGAAAGUCUGCUGGGUGUUGACUGAUCACGGUAUUCAGACGCUUAUCGGACCAAAGUAUCGAUUAAAGACGCGAACCUCCUUUUUUCCAUUGAUAGCAUCACCAAGACCUCAAAAUCUGAUGUCUGUUGAUGAACCACGCGUAGCAUCAACCAAGUCAGCAAUUUCUUCGAAUGUUGCAGCCAGUCCCGUUUACGAAGUUACUCAAAACGACAUUGAAGAGGGUUUAGCAGACAAAAAAAAUCUAGCAGCAUUGUCACUGCUCGACAUGAGCAUCUCAAAAAGUUCUGAUAUUUCGGACUCGCAGCGAGAAUAUCUCAAAGAUCGCAAAAGUUUGAAAUAUGAUCGCGAGAAAAUAGAUUCACUUCGUUCCAGCUGUGAAGUCUCAUCAGAUGGAGCAGAACUGCUUGCACUUGCUCCUUACACUGGUGUGUCAUGGGAAUAUAAUAAUGGGAUAAGUGAAAAUCAAAAAUCUAAUGAUCGGGUUGACAUUGUACAACGUAAACCCAUCGACUCUUCACUCGCUCCAAUUUGUUCUGAGCUUCGACAUCAACGAGGACACGAGGCACUUCCUUCGGUACCUCAUCACUCCGCAAUAAUAUUAUCUCCUUCGUCGCUUAAUUUAGGCACACUACAUUCUGGACAAAUCUACCUAUUUCCUAUGCGAAUUCAAAAUGUGGGCAGUAAACAAGAACGCUUUCGCGUCAAUCAAGUAGUGGCGACAUGUGCAGGAGCUAAGGCUAGUAUCGCAAAAGCCAAUUAUCAUCGGGAGUCUGCGCGCUUGGCACCAGGGCUAGCUGCAAUUAUUACUAUAGUAUUCAGUUUUCAGCAGGUAGGUCGAGCCACAGGAUUUGUUCGCGUGGAAACUGAAGGCUUGGGUGUUUGUGAUGUUGAGAUCAAUGGCUCAGUGCGGUAG